CAACCUCUGUAGUCAGCAAGAACGGGUGGCUGAGCUGAGCAGAGCAACGCAGCAUCCACAGCUACGGCAUCCUGCAGAGGACUCUGCUUCACAUGGGAGAGGAAGGGUGUAAAGAGCGUCUGAUAGAGAGGAAAAGGUAGACUCACAAAGGAAGAGAGAGGCAGACAGGAGAAGAAAAGCUCAGAGGGAGUAAGAGUGCAAAAUGAGGGGAACUGGGUAAACGCCACUGACUAAGGACCACUGCAGCUAUACUAAAUCUGGAGCUGUCAGGACAACCCUGAGCACGCCAGUGAGUGAGAGGCAAGAGAGCAGAGGAGAGAAGUGAUUUGAAGAGCUGAUCUUAUCACUCCGGAUGAGUAGGAAUGGGAACCCCCGAAGCCCGUCCGUCAACGGAUGAAACUUCCCUAAGGAAUGGUUUCUUUAGAUCGCCAGUCUGAAGAUUAUUUUUUGGAGGAGUGACAGCACCAACAAGAUACACAUACACACGAGCACACACUCACUCACAUAUAAAUACAUAUAUACAUGCAUAUUUCCUAGAAGUAACUUAGAGGUCACUUCUGUACUUCUUGGCACAAAUCAAGUUGCUGCUGUCCUCUUUCUCCUUUGCUCCUCCAUCACACCUGCCCGUGGCUGGUGGAUGUCUUCUCUGCAUGCACUCGCACUGCUCAGCAGUUGAACACACUCAUGGUCGAUGCCAAGGGAAGGAACAUGAAAUGUCUGACUUUCUUCUUAAUGCUCCCAGAGUCAGUGAAAAGCAAGUCAAGUAAAAGCUCCAAGAAAGGAAAUGCAAGCGGCAGCUCCAAGCUGCCCCCAGUCUGUUAUGAGAUAAUCACCCUCAGGAGCAAGAAAAAGAAGAAGAUGGCAGCGGACAUUUUUCCCACCAAAAAACCAUCUACCUCAACGGUCCAACAGUAUCAACAGCAGAACCUCAACAACAACAACACUAUCCAGAACUGUAACUGGCAAGGACUCUACUCGACCAUACGGGAAAGAAAUUCAGUUAUGUUCAACAAUGAACUGAUGGCAGAUGUUCAUUUCGUUGUGGGUCAGCCUGGAAGGACCCAGCGCCUGCCUGGACACAGAUAUGUAUUGGCUGUGGGCAGCUCAGUUUUCCAUGCCAUGUUUUAUGGAGAACUUGCCGAGAACAACGAUGAAAUCCACAUACCAGAUGUGGAACCAGAAGCCUUUUUGUCAAUGCUUAAGUACAUUUACUGUGACGAAAUUGACCUGACUGCUGACACUGUGUUGGCCACCCUUUAUGCUGCCAAGAAGUACAUUGUCCCUCACCUGGCACGAGCCUGCGUCAACUUCCUGGAGACAAGCCUGAGUGCUAAAAACGCCUGUGUGUUACUCUCUCAGAGCUGCCUGUUUGAGGAGCCAGAGCUGACACAGCGCUGCUGGGAAGUGAUUGAUGCCCAGGCUGAGCUGGCGUUACGUUCUGAGGGCUUCUGCGACAUUGAUGCCCAGACUCUGGAGAGUAUCCUACAGCGAGAGACACUCAACGCUAAAGAGAUAGCUGUGUUUGAGGCUGCACUAAACUGGGCCGAGGCAGAGUGCCAGAGGCGGGAGCUCACCUCCUCAACUGACAACAAGCGUAAGGUUUUGGGAAAGGCCAUGUACCUGAUACGCAUCCCAACCAUGGCUCUGGAUGAUUUUGCCAAUGGAGCAGCUCAGUCUGGCGUGUUGACACUUAAUGAGACCAAUGAUAUAUUCCUGUGGUAUACAGCAGCCAAAAAGCCUGAUCUGCAGUUUGUAAGCCAGCCUAGGAAGGGCCUGACACCGCAGCGCUGUCACAGAUUCCAGUCCUGUGCCUACAGAAGCAAUCAGUGGCGCUACCGGGGCCGCUGUGACAGUAUACAGUUUGCCGUGGAUAAGAGAGUUUUCAUUGCUGGGUUUGGCCUGUAUGGAUCCAGCUGUGGCUCGGCUGAGUACAGUGCCAAAAUAGAGCUGAAACGACAAGGCGUACUGCUGGGGCAAAACCUAAGCAAAUACUUCUCCGAUGGAUCAAGCAACACCUUCCCAGUGUGGUUUGAGUAUCCGGUCCAAAUUGAGCCUGACACCUUCUACACUGCCAGUGUGGUUCUUGACGGGAACGAGUUGAGCUACUUUGGGCAGGAGGGUAUGACAGAGGUGCAGUGUGGAAAAGUGACAUUUCAGUUCCAGUGCUCCUCAGACAGCACUAAUGGCACGGGGGUGCAGGGGGGGCAGAUUCCUGAACUUAUCUUCUAUGCUUGACAACACCUGUGCAAAUAAUUGACAGUGCACUUAUCAAUGAAAGACAUUAAUUAUUUUGAGUGUGUUGUCAUUUGCUGUUAUUUAUUUUCACCAACACUAGAUCUCAGACCAGUGAAAAGUUUUUUUUUGUUUUAAUUUGAACAAAUGGUGCACUUAAGUAGUAUUAAAUAUAACUUUCAAGAUGCUGAAGCAUCCAAAUACAAGGACAAGAUGCCUUGAGGUCUUAAAAGAUUAAAAAAAAAUUGUGUUGCACGAUAUGUGCAUGUAAAUAUGAACAUAUGUAAAUUCUAAAAUGUAUAAGAAGGCAUAGUUGUUACCAAUACGGAUCAGAAAGAGAUCUUAUAUAGUUAAUAUGCUAUGUUUGUCAUUUCUAUUCUUGCACAUAAUUAUCAGCAAUAGAUCCCAUUUUAUAAUCUAUGGUGAUAAUUUCAUGUUAUGACUCAUGCUGGACUAUCAGUGUCAUCAUAGAAAUGAAAAAGACGAAAUAUGAAAGUAAAACUAACAGAAUAUCUCAAGUCAUGAUACAUUGAAAAACACAACUUUAUUGUAGUCAUUUGCAUUUGAGUGGUUUCAGUGGAACUUACAUUUUUCUUAAUCUAUUUCAUUAACAGGGUUCUAAUUGAGGGGCUUAAAGGUCUUACAUUUGGUAGCACUAGAUAUGGGUCACUAAACUCCCCUGGUCUCUGUUGCUCUGCAGCUAUGCUCAUCUUAUCAGUUUCAGUUUAUGCUCAUUAUAAACAAUACAUUCAUGUUUACAGUGAAAUCAGGACCUGAAAUUAUUAUCCCCCACUUCAUAUUAAUGACAGUAAAAAAGAUUCUUUGGUCAUCUCUAUAUAUCCACUGUGAUACUCAUGACAUGUUCAAACUGAAUCUAUGUUUUUUUCAAGUUGUACUGCAACCCCAAUUCCGAAAAGCUGUGACAAUAUAAAAUGUAAAUAAAAACAUAUGCAAUGAUAUGCACGCCUCGUAAAACCAUAAUUUAUUUACAAUAUUACAGUUGCUGAGAGUGAGACACUGCUCCAUACAUAAGUUCAACUUGAUCUUGAGUUCUUAUUUUCUCAGUUUCAGUUAUGGAUUUCCUAGUCUGGGAUCAGCUGGUAACCACUCUCAUCCUUGCAAUUCCACAUUUGUGAUUGGCUGGUUAUUGUCCCCUGAAGCUUUGCCAAUGGAUUGUUCCUCUAAGCCCCACACCAAUCAGCCACACAUAGGCAUAAUACUUAGAUCUCGGCUGGCUGUAGUUCACUGAGUAAGUGCCAGUCUUUGGGUUGUAAGAUUGCCCCAGUGUCCAUUAUGCUUUUGUCUCUGAUUCUCUGUAGAUGCUUGUUCUGGAUGAUUUGAAUGCAUUAGCUAUGUUGUGUUUGUGUUUCUCCUCGGAAAACACUUGACAGUGCUUUUGCUUAGUUUGUGCUCAUAUUAGAAACUCAGUGCAUGUGGAAGCUUGGCAUUAAGGUUUUCACAAUCUCUUUUGCCGAUAGAUCUGAAGUUUGGUUUGAGUUCGGUUCUUUUUGGCUAGCCUGCAUAGGUUUUUUUAUGUGUUUUAUUUCUCAACCAUUUAAAAAAAAAAUUACCUGAUUUAAUGUCCCUAUUGGUUCUAGGCAUGUCUUAGAUUUGACUAGCUCCUAUAGACUUUCGCUUUUGUAUUUUUCUGUACAGCUUUGGGUUGUUUGGUUCUUUUAGAUUUUUUCUAUGCUACACAUCUAAAAAUUGCCUUAGUCAAGCUUAAACUAGCUUUGGAAAAAGAAGAGUGUACCAAUUUUAGGUCGUGCAAUGAUUUCAAUGACAGUCUCUGGCCUGUUUCUAAAUGGAGUCCUACCUAAGUAGGGUAGACCACAGGUUUCCAGAAACUGCCCUACAAAUUUUUAGACAUAUAUUUUAAGAUUGCUUAGAAGCUGCGUAUAUUGAUUUCUACAUUUGUAAGGUGCCCCUUUUAUACCCAGACAUUUCUGGCCAGCUGCAAAUACAGCUAAUUAGUUUCAACAAGUUUCCCCAUAUGUUUUUUUUAGGUAACACUUUUCCCACCUUUCGUUCCCUUUUUUGUCCCUUUGAGGAGUAUUGCUGGUCCAUUUUUUCUUUCAUGCCAUAGGAAUUUCAUUGAAUGUUUUACAUGUUUUAUCGUGAAUAAAACCAUGGUCAGGUCAUCUCAUGGAGACUAGCAAAGAGCUGAAUUGGAGCAAAUGACCAAAGUUUUUUUGUUUACAUCUUACACAAUAUUCAAUUUUUCUUGGAAUUCGGGUUGUGCUAAUUGUCCUAGCCCCUUGGUUUUGUUUACAGCAAAAAGAGAUCAAUGCCUGAUUCCGUGUUAGAAGCUGCUUUGUAUCUUAUAGAUUUUUACGUCUCUUUCUGAAAAACCCUGUGCACUCUGAAAUGUGCAGCACUCCCUCACAAUAUGAUCAAACAGUAUCAUUAUUUCCAAAGGCAUACUGUAUAUGCUACUAUGUUGCACUGAUGUAGGUUUGUGAAUGAGUUUUUUAUUUAACUUUGUUUGCACAUUUUAAUGAGGCUGUUGCUUCGAUUUCCUCUGGUACUUAAUAUUUUUUCUGGUUUAGGCUUAACAUCCUCACACUUCUCUGCUAAUGGCAGUAGAUGGGUAAUCUGGUGUUCACAUCUUGUAUUUACGUGCUGAAAGACCAACGAAUGUGUAUGGUUAUUGAUGAUGCAAAUAAACAAAACAAGUUAAA